AUGGCAGUGAGUCUCCGGAAUGGGAGAGAUUUAGACAAAGAGCAGGAAGUUGCACAAGCCAGCAAAGAGACUACGCCAGCCACUCCAAUUCCACUAGAGGCAGAUGAACUAACAGAACUUACCGAAGUGGUAGUUGAACAGGGUCAAGAUGAAAAGGGUAAGGCUAAGUUGAAUAUUCCUUUGAUGUAUGCCUUGAGGGAGAUUCCAGGCUAUGAGAAGAUGAUGAAGGACCUAAUAUCACAGAAGUUUGAUUUUCAAGACCUAUCCAUAGUGACUCUAAUGCAGACCUACAGUGCAUUAGUGACAAGAACCAUAGCUCAAAAUAUGUCUGACCCAGGUAGCUUUACUAUUCCAUGCACUAUUGGGAGUUAUACCUUUGCAAAGGCAUUAUGUGACUUAGGAGCCAGCAUAAAUUUGAUACCUCUAGCUAUAUACACCAAAUUGGGCAUUGGCAGAGCUAGAGCGACUUCGAUGCUAUUGCAACUGGCUGACUGCACGGUUAAAAGGCCAACUGGGAUUCUUGAUGAUGUGUUGGUAGAUGAGGAGAUACCUAUCAUUUUAGGGAGGCCAUUCUUAGCCAUUGGAGAGCACUAA